UCAUCAAAACGAAAAAAACUUCCAUCACCAUUAUCAUUGAAUGUUGAACAUUUGGCUACCAUUGAAAAUAUUGAUGGUUCGAUGAAAAGUCCAGCAACACCGACGAUUACUAUACGAAAAGCAACAGGUGAUUCAACAAGUAAAUGUGUUAUUAAUACGCAUGAUGAUAAUGAUGGACAACAAAACGCUGAUUUAUCGAAUGGUAUACCAAAUGGUGGCUAUGGUUGGAUCGUUGUAUUCGCAUCAUUCAUGUGUAAUCUUACAGUUGAUGGUGUCUGCUAUACAUUCGGUAUAUUUUUACCACAUUUUCUUGAUUAUUUCGGUUCGAAUGAAGCAAUUACAGCAUUGACUGGAUCUUUAUUAAGCGGUUGUUAUAUGACUGUCGGCGUAUUCGUAUCCACUCUUGUUAAUCGUUAUGGAUGUCGUCCGAUUUCAAUUAUAGGCAGUAUAAUGGCUGCACUUGCAUUAGCAUUGUCUACACGUGCACCAAAUGUCUACAUACUUUUGCUAACCUAUGGUAUAGUUACUGGCUGCAGUUUUGGUUUCAUCUAUCUACCAUCGAUUGUAUCGGUUGGCCAUUAUUUUACAACUAAACGUGCAUUCGCUACCGGUAUCGCUGUCUGUGGCUCUGGUAUGGGUGCAUUUCUAUUCUCACCAUUUUGUCAAUUUUUAUUGGCUAAUUAUGAUUGGAAACAAUCAUUAUUAAUAUUGGCUAUUUGUAUUGGUUGUUGUACAUUUUAUGGCCUUUUAAUGAAACCAUUAAUAAUUCAAAAAUCGGAUAAUGGUGAUGGUGAUAAUGAUAAUGCGAUGAAAAAUCGUUUACAACGUAAUUCAACAUGUAAAUCAAAUCAAUCGAUUGCAAGUGCUGGUAAUCGUCGUUAUAAUAAUAAUCAUGGUACAUUAUCAAUGAAUAAAAGUUCAUUAUCGGUGAAUAAAAGUUCAAUGUCGGUUAAUUCAAAAUAUUCUAAUCAUUCACGACGAUCAUUUGUACAAAGGCCACGUACAUGGACAAUAACAAGUCAAUUAACCGAAAUAGAAGCAAUGGAAAAUCGUAUCAAUCUUAAAGAGGUGUUAGAUUUUUCUGUAUUAAAAAUUACACCAAUGGCAUUACUUGCCCUAUCGAAUGUAUUCGGAAUGAUUGGAUAUUAUAUUCCAUAUGUUUAUGUCGUACGUUUUGCUACCGAACAUUUGGAUAUUGAAGGAACAAAAGCAGCAUGGAUUCUAUCAGCCAUUGGUAUAUCGAAUGUAAUUGGCCGUUUAGCAUUCGGUUUGAUUAGCGAUCGUUUUAGUGGUACAAAUAUCUUUUUCGGUCUUAUACGAAUUUCCGCUUUAUUCAUCAAUAAUGUUUGUCUUUUGAUUGCCGGUCUAUCAGUGAUGGCCAUACCAUUCUGUCCAUCAUAUUGGAUAUUGAUGGCUAUUUCGAUUUUAUUUGGUUUCACAAUCUCAUCAUACAUGUCAUUAACAUCGAUCAUAUUGGUCGAUAUUUUAUCAUUGGAAUUAUUGACAACAACAUUCGGAUUAAUAAGCUGUGUUCGUGGCCUAUCAGCUAUUGCCGGUCCACCAUUAGCUGGCCUUUUAUAUGAUUUAACAUUAUCAUAUACGGGUGUAUUUUUUGCUGCCGGUUCAUUAUUAGGCAUUGCAUCAUUAAUUAGUUUUACCGUUCAUCGUUAUGAAUAUUUUGAUUGAUUAAUUAUUUUGAAUGUAUAUU